UACCCUCAAACCAAGUCACAUUUUCACUCUUGGUAGACAAUGUUCUUGCACAAAAUGAUGAAAUAACUCCUACCCGCCAUUUUUUCCAGAACCAAGGGUAAUCCUGGCUGAAUUACUGAUGCAAGCAACUGGUCUUCUAGUGAUUGGAAGCUUCCUGACUCACAUAAUAGAACAAGAAACUAUGAUUACUCCAUUCAAGAUCGGGGAUAAGAGGAAGAUAUUUGAGCCAUAAUUAGUACCUUUGUUUUUUAAUGCCCCAAAAUGAAAUGCUUAUAAAUUAUUCAACCCUAAAAAACUGUUCUAAGGAAGGACUACAGGCAUCAAUCACUGCAUGAUUUCAUUUUUUUUUUCUCCAGAAUGUGUACUGGACUGAAAGAUGAUGAUGAAGAUUCACUUGUUAAACCUGUACCUAAUUGUGCCAAAAAUACUCAAUUGAAUGACUAACUACUUUAAAUGUGGUUAGAGAUGCAAUUUAAGCUAAAAAUGAUUUAGAGGACAAAUCAUAAGUCAUCGAUUAUUAGUAGCAUUUUUGCUUAGAGCAAAAGCUUCACACUUUCAUUUCAUUGCAUAUGAUGGUAGAUAUUCUCUUGAUUCCUUAUUUACUUGAAAGCAGAGGCUUUACGGUUUUGUCACGUGCUUGGCUGCUGGUAUAGCUUGUACUCUCUUGUCAAUGCUUGUUUUCUUCAAUCCAAUCAAGUUUGGAAUAACAUUUUCCUUUGGCAAUUUGCUUGCACUCGGAAGCAUUCCUAAUAGGCCCCAAACGGCAAGUGACAAUGAUGCUUGACCCUGUUCGUAUUUAUGCAACUGCCAUAUAUCUUGCAAGCAUUAUCGUUGCGCUGUUUUGUGCUCUUUAUGUGAGAAACAAGCUAUUGACACUUUUGGCCAUUAUGUUGCAGUUUGGCGCUCUUAUAUGGUAUAGCUUGAGCUACAUCCCUUUUGCAAGAUCCAUGGUUUCCAAUGUCAUGGCAGCUUGUUUUGACACUGAAUUUUAGGGUGAUGUACACAGAUUUACACAUGCAACUAUUGUAGAGAAUAUUAAUUCGGUAGAUGAAAAUCUGAGUUUUCUGUAAGGUCAGUACAACAUAAUUGCAUCAGUACGGUUUCAUGCAUAUGGAAUUAUGUUGCGGGAUCAACUUUUGAUUCUUUUUAUUUUUAUAUAUUUAGGCUAAUUUUCUGUUACUUCUUUUUCUACCUUCUGGGCUGUGAUGAACAGAACUGUGUAUUGAGAUAUUUUGCUAUUUUGAACUACAUGAAAGACCUAGGAG